AAGAAAUCCGAGCGAGGCACACUGACCAGACGCGCUGCUCUUCUGAGCGCAGCUUCCAAACUUUAAACGUUCUUGCUGUGUUUUUGUUUCUUUCUCGGAGCCGGACGCGUCUCUCCGCCCGUUUCUCAUCGCACAGUGAGUUACCAAAAGGAUUAAAGUCACUAUAACGGGCGUCAAAUCCUCGCAGGACUUAAUUCGGGGUUGUUGUUUGCCUUUGGAAGAACAGUGUACUUUUUCCACUAUUCAAAGUGAUUAUUAAACUAAUUUAAUUAAUAAUCUAAAGUUUCGAAACUACAUUGCACUAGUUAUUCUGCGUUGUUAUUUUGAAGACUCAACUCAGCAUGGCUGGGUACAGGUUUAACGCACGAAUCGCUGUGCGCUUCCGUUUUUAGCAACAGUCAGUGACCGUGCUCUGUUCCUAAUGCCUGAUGUGAAAUCCCCCUGUGGUUCUGAGGUGUCCGAGAAUGAGCACGGAUUUGGAGUGCGCUUCUCUCAAGUCAGGCGCGAACUCCCUAGGCUCCGGUGGCCGCGCGCUUUCCGUUAACGUCAAGAAGUUGCACAACGCGCUCAACGUGCUGCUCAACGACUUCGAAAGGGAGCAGUUCAUCCACUGUCUCAACGUUUACCACGCCAAGCGCAAUGUCUUCGAUCUCGUGCAGACUCUCAAAGUCAUUCUCAACACACCCAAAAAGCGCCAACUCUUACCCAUGCUGCGCCUGGUCAUACCCCGCUCGGACCAGCUGCUGUUCGACCAGUACACAUCGGAAGGGCUUUAUCUGAAGACGGAUCUGCUGGCAGCCAGUGUUAAGCACGAGUGCUCGGAAGACCUCAGCAGCACGAACGCGCAUGUUGGAGCAUCCUCCGUGCAUUUUCUGCACGAGUCCGAGCAGGCCGGUCCCAGUCACGGAUCCGUGCACCAGGCUCUGGUUUUCAGCACCGCGGCUGAGGUGACAGCGCCAGCGCUGAUGCAGGAAGCGCCUGAUGAAAUCCGCCAAGUUACGCUGAAAAGGAGCAAGAGCCACGAAGGCCUAGGAUUCAGCAUACGGGGUGGGUCAGAGCAUGGAGUUGGCAUCUAUGUGUCUUUGGUGGAGCCGGGAUCAUCCGCUGAGAGAGAGGGGCUCAGAGUUGGAGACCAGAUCAUGCAAGUCAAUAACAUGGUGUUUGACCGAGUCACUCAUGGAGAGGCAGUCAAGGUAUUGAAAGGCUCUAAGAAGCUCUUCAUGUCGGUCUGUUCUAUGGGACGGAUCCCAGGUGGUUACGUGACCAAUCACGUGUACACAUGGGUGGACCCUCAGGGCCGCAGUGUGUCCCCACCACCAGACUUGCUGGAGCAGCAUGGCUCGGGAGGAAGACAUUUGGAAAUCCAGCAACUUGGCCAUACACACAUUCGGCACGAGGGUGCUGAGAAGAAGGUGAAUAUCUCACUGGAUGAUGGGCGAUCUCUUGGUUUGAUGAUCCGUGGAGGUGCUGAGUAUGCUCUGGGCAUUUAUAUCACCGGAGUGGACCGAGGGUCUGCUGCAGAGUACAGCGGACUAAAGGUAGGGGAUCAGAUUCUGGAGGUCAAUGGACGUAGCUUCCGGAGCAUUUCUCAUGACGAGGCUGUGCAGAUCUUGAAGAAUUCCCACCACAUGCUGAUGACCAUAAAGGACGUGGGGCGGCUGCCUCACGCACGGACUGUGGUGGAUGAGACCAAAUGGAUUCCCAGUGCACAGAUCGCUGAGAGCUCGGCCAAUAGCAACACUCAGAGUGUUCUGCCUGUGGAUGUUGGAGCAGGAAGUUCAGUAAAGUCAAUCUGUUGUAAAGGUGUUGUGCCAGCGGUCGGAGCGGUACGCGCAGGAGCCUGGAGCUCACUGGAGGAGCAGGCGUACAUGCUUCUGACAGAGACAGAGAGACAGACCAUGAGCUAUUACAUUCAAGAGUACCAGCGUGCACACAUCGGGGCAGAGCCUCUGGCCAUGGCCCUGUUUGAACUCUUCAACACACAUGCCAAGCUGUCCUUGCUGGCUGAGGUGCGGACUCUGGUCGUCCCGCAGGAUCUGGAACGAUUCGAUGGGCAGGUGUUACAUCGUGAGAUGGAAGCGUGGAGAGCUCGUCACGGAGGCCUGGGCCUCCUGCACCCUGACUCUAUCUGUGUCACCCAUCCAGAGGGCCACAUUCCUGCUGCCUGCCAGCUGACCAAUGCAGUCCUUGGCUACAACAAGAAUGAGUGCAGGUUGGACGGUAGUUUGAUGCCAAUUGAGAGUCUAAAUUCUCUUCCUGAUGUUUCUCUGGACAAGGUGCAGCCGUCAUCCGAGUCACCCCCUUCGUUCAAGCCUCCCCCUCCACCUGUUCGACACGCCAGCCCUAAAAAUCAGAGCAAACGACCUUCGUCCAAGCUGUCCCAGACCAACCUGCUCUUUACCGCCCCCUGUAGGCGGCAUCAGGAGAACCACACCCACAAUCACUCGCACUCGCCCUGCUCUGCUCACACCUCCCCAUGUACCAUCCACCACACCGCCUCCACCUGCUCUGUCCGUCACACUCCUCCACCCUGCUCUCACCAUCACAGCUCUCCACGAUCAUUAUCCUACCAUGCUAGCCCUUCUUCUGGACCCCCAUGUAAAGAUUUGGUUCAGUUUCUGAUGAGCAGGCAAGCGGCGGUGCUCUCCCCACACCUAGAGUCUCCAAACCGUUCUAGAGAAGGAACCCCCAUGAUCUCUCCACGCUCCUCUCCAUCGAUUUCGCCUUCACUGCUAAUGCCUGCACCGCCCCCCUGUAGCCCUGAGAAGCUCGAGGGCUCCCCCUCUACACACCGCUGCGGUGCCACCCAGACCAGCCCACUACACCCCGAGCCAGAGACGACAGAGGAAAGGCCUCAGCCCCAACUACGAGGAGCCACACUGUCCCAGCUGUCAGACAGCGGACAGACUCUGAGUGAGGACAGUGGAGUGGAUAUCGCAGAGGCUGGGGGGUUGAGUAAGGACAGCAGCCCGCGACCAGGUAAACCUCCGUUCCUCCAGGUCACAGCUGACACACGCAGAGCAGAUGGACUCGCACAGGCCACCGCAAAACAGAUGGGAGUAAUGGAGCCUACACUUGUACGGGUGCCCAAGUGUGCCAGUACACUGGGGAUUGCUGUUGAAGGGGGUGCCAACACCAGACAGCCUCUGCCACGCAUCGCCACCAUACAGAAGGGGGGCUGUGUGCAUAUCUCUGGACAGUUGCGGGUGGGUCAGGUGAUUCUGGAGGUGAACGGCGUGUCUCUAAAAGGCAUGGAGCACCGGGACGCAACUCGGGUCAUUGCCGAGGCCUUUAAGACCAAAGACUAUGUCGACUUUUUGAUCACCGAGUUCAACUCUGCUCUGUAGAAGUCGACCCUCGAGAGUUUUACUAGACGCCACUGCGAAGAAUGUCACUUUACGUCACGUCCACACAGAGGGGCUGAAUGAGUCAUGUUUGUCAUAUCUGAGUCACAGUUAGCUUAGAGUUCAAAAGCUGCAACGCCCACCUUACGUCUGUGUUCUCGCUAUAACAACGAGCAGCUGCCACACACCUUCACUGAACCUGUUCCUGGUAUGUUCCAGUGGAUGAUCUGCAGAGCCAAGACUGAUGCUGAUAUGUUUGAUAGGAUGAGAUCAGGGUUAUAUCGAGUCUGUCAGAUGUGUGCCAUACACACACAUACACACACACACACACACACACACACACACACACACACACACACACACACACAUACGUAUACUACCGUUAAGUUUGGGGUCUUAUGUUUUUGAAAAAAGUCUCUUAUGCUGUCUUAUCUGUGUAUAUUUUAAUAUAUUUCACUCCGUAUACAGCCAUAUGCUUUAGUCUUUGUUGUUACAUGAUUCUUCAGAAAUCAUUCUAAUACUGUAUGCUGAUUUGGUGCUCAAGAAACAUUUCUUAUUAUCAAUGCUGAAAACAGUUGUGCUGCUAAAUUUCUUUUUGUGAAAACCUUGCCAUGCAUUGAUACAUG